GGGGGUUAAUGUUCCUGUUACUCGAUAGAUGUCGCCGAUUCUCCAAAAAUAUUCAGAUAACCUUCAAGUGAUUUUGUCAAUUGAAUUGAUAACAAGUUCAGAGUACGGCCUAGCCUCCUGAAAGUCCAAGUUGCCGUCUUCAGUACUUACUUCAAAAUGAAUUCUGUAAAUAGGAUUUUAAGUUUGGGUUCUGCAAUUCCGAAGAAUGCAAGAUUGAUCAGUACCAGUGGAGCAAAACUAAAUGCUGAAGAUGGCUGGCUGUCCAAGCUGUUGGUGCGGAAGAUAGAGCCUACGAAGGAGUCUCACAGUCGCAUGCUAAGUGACAAGGAGAUUGUAUAUGCGCUUCAUACGCACAACAUUAGACCGGACAGUGUAGAUAAAUAUUUGAAGAACUACAAAACUUCAUCAGAGUUUGUCCACUCUCACAAGGAAGACCUGGGAUGCGAGUUGGUAGGAUCAUGGACAGUGUCAGUCGGAGACAUGGACCAGGCGCUGCACCUCUGGCGUUACACUGGAGGGUUCGAGAAGAUAGACAAAGCAAAGACUUUAUUCAAGGAGUCCCCUGAAUACUCGGCUCUGGAAAAAGAACGUGGUGGCUACGUCCGCUCGAGGCACUUGCAGUACUUGCUCGCCUUCAGCUUCUGGCCCUCAGGAGAGCCUCGCGAGCCUAGCAACAUCUAUGAAAUACGGUCCUACAGCUUGAAGCCAGGCACCAUGAUCGAGUGGGGCAACAACUGGGCUCGCGGGCUGUCCUACAGGCGCGCGCAGAACGAGGCCUUCGCUGGAUACUUCUCACAGAUCGGCAGGCUUUACAAUGUUCAUCAUAUUUGGUGCUACAAGGACCUGCAGGCGCGGCGCGAGACGCGCGACCGCACGUGGCGCAACCCGGGCUGGGACGAGUGCGUGGCCUACACCGUGCCGCUCAUCCGCGAGAUGCACUGCCGCAUCCUCGAGCCCACGGAGUUCUCGCCCACCCAGUAAUGCCCUACCACCACAGAUUUACGAACAUGCCACCUGCACACCCCACUAACCGGGGGGUAACCGGUUUAACCUGGAGUUACCAUCGUUACCAGUACAAUUUGAUACUGGGUUAACGGUUUAAACGGUUAAGCCCGAAUUAGUGGGAUGGUGCCAGUGGCGCUAAGAAGAUUAAAAACAUUGGAGUUUGUACGUAAAAUUAACAUUUGAGGCACGGAAAUAUGACGUUAAUUAUGUAUUAGAAAAAAAGGAACUGGAUGGCGCUGUUCGGCAUUAUUUACAUUAGCCGUGAAAGUCGAAGCAUUCACUCUAAAGAUAGAGGAAAGUGACAUAGGUUAAUAAACUCAGCCCUAACAUUUAUUUCUAAAUGCAACCUCCAUUGUUAUUACAAGCUUCUUGGUAUACUAUGUAGAACGUUAGGCAUAACUACAAAUGAUUAGUUAACUGGAGUCUGGUAUCGUUACAAACAACUGAAUCAAUAGGCGGGUCCACACAGAGCGAGCAUACGCGCGAGGCAAUUUCCUAGCGCACACUACGGCCAGUGUAGACUCCUCGAGGCGGCGCGUGCGAUUACCUCGCCCGAGCGCUUGCUCUGUGUGGACCCUAUUCAGAAGAAUUAAGAGCAUACACUCCCAGAGCCACCUAGCUAUAAUACUGACCAUAAUUCUGCAUUAGUUCCGUUGUAUGUCGUAGCAAUUUUAUAGUAGAUUUGUAUUACAGUUCAAAAUUCAAGAUCAUUAAACAUAUCAGAACUAAAAAAUUAUCCAAGUCGACACUUUUUGCGUUCGAAAAAGCAUUUCAAGGCAUUUUUUCUCUGGCAAAAAUAGCAGUCGUCUUCGAGAAUAUAUUUACAUAUGUUUUUAAAUCUCUGGAUGUUUACCAACAGCUAUUUUGAUAUACUUUGUAGUUUACCGUCUUACUAAUACAUAUAAGUGACAUCAAAUGUUGUAAACAAGUGAUAGUUCUUAACAAAUUUGCAAACGAAUAUGAAUUGAUGCCUUUUUGGAGCCUAAACUUGUUAUUUCCAUUUUCCUUAUGCAUUUGAAACUAAACGAACCGAGCGUGGCUAGUCCUAAGGAUUCUGUUGUAAAUACUCGACCGAUUUUGAUCCUAUUUUUAUAACAAAAUACACACAAAUACCUUACUACUUCUACAAUAUCUAAGUUUAUCAAUUAACGCAAUUGCUCCAACUAUAGUUCUAAUGCUGUUCCAUUCUGUGUAAAUAAUAAAUAUUUUUAACACCGUACUGACGGAAAGAUCCUGCAGUUAUAAUGAAAUUAUGAGUCAGGAAUGCAGUUUGCAUUUUAUUUUUAUAAGAUAUACAGAUUACGUUUAAGUGCAAUUACUUGUUACUGUAAAUGAAAUCCUUGCUCUUUAUUUACUCUAAGCACAAUUACUUUUAUUAGAUAAUAGACGCAAACCUUUUUUUUUUUGUAUGUUUAUCUUUAGCCAUUAUGUAAAAUAUUAUUAAACGUCUUUUGACGAA